GGCUUCAGGUGUCUUUAAAUGUUCAGAACUUACAGGAAGGAAACAGAAUGACAGAAAUGACAGGACUUUUCAUUCUUCUUUAGCCCCUAAUGAACGUUAGCCACCACAAAAUCCCACUGAGCACUGCAGGGAACAUCUCUGAUAAAAGAGAGACAGACAGUAAAGUUUGUGGGAAAUGUUUCCAAAUUGAGCAAAGAUGGAGCAGGCAGCUGGAAACGACUGGAGAAUGUUUGUGUUUUCUUUAGGCUGAAGAGCUCACAACAGGGAUUACAGAAGAGGAUAUAGAAGUAAAACAGCAAGCUCCGAAGACUAUUCCUGUAUGUUUUUCAUUUGUGAAAGCGUUAUUGUACUCACUGGUGCUGUUUAUAAGCAGAGUCCACCCACAUUGGGCCAAAGACAUUAUCUGCCAUCGAUUACUUCCUGCCUCAUACUCUUUCCACUGAAUCUUACUAGGUGUUUGUAUGCUUGCUUGUUUACAGCUCUCAAGGUAUGAACUACAGCAAUUACACUCUGCCCCCGAGCAGUGUGGGGCUUCCAGGUAGAAACGACACAAACUCCAGCAGUGUAUUUACACAUGAGGUGCUCCCAGUGCUCUAUGCUCUGAUCUGUGCCAUUGGACUGAUUUUGAAUGGCUUUGCAGCAUGGAUCUUCUUCCGAGUACCCAGCACCUCAGGCCUGGUGGUGUACUUGAAAAACAUCCUGGUGGCUGAUCUUCUCAUGCUUUUCUCCUUCCCUUGGCGUGUGGUCAAAGACCGAGGCUUGGGUGGAUCUUACCUGGAACUGGUGGUCUGCCGCUACACAGCUGUGUUCUUUUAUAUAGGCAUGUAUACCGGCAUCAUCUUCAUGAGCCUCAUCAGCCUGGAGCGCUAUAUCAAGAUUGUGCAUGCGUCCUCAUGCUCAGCUUGGCCUUGCUCUUUAUGGGUCUCCUCUUUCCUGCAGCAGGUAAUUGUGGCCAGAUGUCUGGUGCUUCUGUCCUGGGCACUGAUGCUACUCUGCAUGCUUCCCAACACACUGCUGACUAACAAGCCUGCUGUAGAGGGCAGCUCCUGCAUGGACCUAAAGAGUGAGCUCGGACGACAAUGGCAUAAAGUCUCUGCCCAUUGUGCUGUGGGUAUCUUCUGGGUGACACUUGUACUCAUGACUUUCUGCUACUUUUCCAUAUCCUGCCAGGUGUACCGCUCUUACCAAAGAGUAAAGAAGGGAAGGAGCAAAGCAAAACAGAAGUCUAAUCAAAGUAUUUUCAGCUUGCUGGCAGUGUUUUUUUUCUGCUUUGUGCCAUAUCAUGUUUGCAGAGUACCAUACACUAUGAGCCAGAGUUUCAACACCAGUCUUAGCGCUCAAACCCAAUUCCAGCUCUUCCAGGCAAAAGAGGUCACAUUGUUUAUGGCCUCAUUUAAUGUGUGUCUAGACCCUCUGGUGUACUUCCUUAUGUGCAAAGCAUUUCGAGAGUUGUUUCUGCAAAAGCUGUCAACUUCAGAGACUAUUAAUGGGAUACCAUCUGUUACCCACAGAGUAAGCACCAGCAAUUUGUAGAGAAGAAAUGGAAACAGAAACAAGAUCUGAAGGUUGUGAGAUCCCCAAGUGGUUGCAGUGGGUCAAUCACAAACCAAAAACAAAAUGGGCACAUGAACAGUGUUGUGUGUUCCAGUUUCUGUCUCAUUUUGCAAAGCUAUGGUGUCCAAAAGGAGAAGCCAAAACCAAAUAAUUUCAUCACUAAAAGGUCACAACAAUUACCCAAAAAUGUUUUUUUUUUACUCUCAUGAGCAUUAUCAGACUCAAUACUGUAAAACUCAUAAAAGCUGGGACAUCUGUACAAUUUUGUAACCCAAAAUGUGUGUUUAAAUGAUAAAUAUAAUUCUGCUGUAGAAAGAAAUGUGUAUUGAAUGAAACUUUUUUUUUAC